UGGUGCUGUGUAGAAGUGCUCCGUGAGUCUUGCGGAGACACUGAAGGGAUUUCACAUCUCAGUUGUGUGGCAAUUGCACCAGAAGUAGUGCUGUGAGCUUCUCAGAAAUUCUUUUUUUAUAUUUAUUUAUUUUUGGCUGUGUUGGGUCUUCGGGCUUUCUUCAUUGUGGUGCACAGGCUCCUCGUUGUGGUAGCUUCUCAUUGCAGAGCACAGGCUCUGGGCACAUGGGUUUCAGUAGUUGCAGCACGCAGGCUCAGUAGUUGUGUCUCAUGGGCUCUAGAGCACAGGCUCCGUAGUUGUGGCACAUGGGUUUAGUUGCUCCACGGCAUGUGGGAUCUUCCCGGACCAGAGCUCGAACCCGUGUCCCCUGCACUGGCAGGUGGAUUCUUAACCACUGUGCCACCAGCGAAGUCCUGUGAGCUUCUCAGAAAUUCUUAAAGGGGUUUUGGAAUUGCCCAGACCGUGGAAAUAGGAAUUACAGGCAAAUCUUACUCAGAACAAGGGGGAGGGAAGUUCCACCUAAUACCUGGCAACACAAAUUUCAACCUGCUCUGGUGGGUGGGCCAUGGUGGUGCCAGUGGUGGUAAUUUUCCCACAAAAAUCUGCAGAUAAAACUCUUCCCCCUUACAGAACCACAUUUUUCAUCAUCAUACAGUGCACUUUAACUCCUUGGAGCAAAGUUCGCUAUUCGUAAGGCCUUUAUAGUUACAAAACUGUGGCCCAUUCAGGUGGUUUUCCAAAAAAAUGGAACAGCCUGCCCCCCAAAAGGCCACUAGUUCUUGCAAAAUUGGAAUUUACUUGUACUUAACUGGGAACGAGAAACCUUUAAUAGCUUUCUAGGAAGUGAAAUGGAAGGGUUGGGGGCAAACUGUUGAGGGAGAUUUAAUUUCUUCUUUACAUCCUUAUGAGCAGUCUGGGUUUUUAGCAUGAACUUGAAUUACUAUUACCGUUUUAUUAAAAAGGAGAUGUAGGGCUGACUGUGGUGGAUGCUUUGAGGGCAGCCGAGCUGCCUCUUGUGGAAGCUUGAACUGGCUGUGUAGCUUUCUCCCUUUGUCUCAUAACCAUGUCCACCAAUGAGAAUGCUAAUUCACCAGCCGCCCGCCUUAACAGAUUCAAGAACAAGGGGAAAGACAGUACAGAAAUGAGGCAGCGCCGAAUAGAAGUUAAUGUGGGGCUCAGGAAAGCUAAGAAGGGUGAUCAGAUGCUGAAAAGGAGAAAUGUCAGCUCUUUUCCAGAUGAUGCUGCUUCUCCACGGCAGGAAAACCACAACAACCAGGGCACUGUAAAUUGGUCUGUUGAUGACACUGUCAAAGGCAUAAGUAGCAACAACUUGGAAAGCCAGCUCCAAGCUACUCAAGCUGCUAGGAAACUGCUUUCUAGGGAAAAACAGCCCCCCAUAGACAACAUAAUCCGGGCGGGUUUGAUGCCAAAAUUUGUGUCCUGCUUGGGCAGAACUGACUGUAGUCCCAUUCAGUUUGAAUCUUCUUGGGCCCUCACUAACAUUGCUUCCGGGACAUCAGAACAGACCAAGGCUGUGGUAGAUGGAGGUGCUAUCCCAGCAUUCAUUUCUCUGUUGGCAUCUCCCCACGCUCACAUCAGUGAACAAGCUCUAUGGGCUCUAGGAAACAUUGCAGGUGAUGGCUUGGUUUUCCAAGACUUGGUUAUCAAGUAUGGUGCAGUUGACCCGCUGUUGGCACUCCUGGAGGUUCCUGAUUUGUCAUCUUUAGCACGUGGUUACUUACGUAAUCUCACCUGGACACUUUCAAAUCUUCGUCCUAACAAGAAUCCUGCACCACCCCCCUUAGACGCUGUUGAGCAAGUUCUUCCUACUUUAGUUCGUCUCCUGCAUCAUGAUGAUCCAGAAGUUUUAGCUGAUACCUGCUGGUCUGUUUCCUACCUUACCGAUGGUCCAAAUGAACAGAUUGAAAUGGUUGUGAAAACCGGGGUUGUACCCCAACUUGUGAAGCUUUUAGGAGCUACGGAAUUGCCAAUCGUGACUCCCGCGCAAAGAGCCAUAGACAAUAUCGUCACUGGGACAGAUGAACAGACUCAAGUUGUAACAGAUGCAGGAGCACUUGCCAUCUUGCCCAGCCUGCGAACAAACUCCAAAACCAAUACUCAGAAGGAAGCUACGUGGACAAUGUCAAACAUCAUGGCUGGCCGCCAGGACCAAAUACAACAAGCUGUACAUCAUAGAUUAGUCCCGUUCCUUGUUGGCGUUCUCUCUAAGGCAGACUUUAAGGCACAGAAGGAAGCUGUAUGGGCUGUGAUCAUCUAUACACGUGGCGGAACAGUUGAGCAGAUCGUAUACCUUGUUCAUUGUGGUGUAAUAGAGCCGUUGAUGAACCUCCUAACUGCGAAAGACACCAAGAUUAUUCUGGUUAUUUCGGAUGCCAUUUCAAAUAUCUUUCAGGCUGCUGAGAAACUAGGUGAAACUGAGAAACUUAGUAUAAUGAUUGAAGAAUGUGGAGGUUUGGACAAAAUUGAAGCUCUACAAAACCAUGAAAAUGAGUCUGUGUACAAAGCUUCAUUAAACUUGAUUGAGACGUAUUUCUCUGUGGAGGAAGAGGUAGACCAAAAUGUUGUGCCAGCAACUACCUCUGAAGGGUUUACGUUCCAAGUUCAGGAUGGCACUGCGGGGACCUUCAACUUUUAGACUGUACACCUGAGGCAUUAAGUUGUUUGUUGUGUACUGUGUUUGGUAGAAGUUUGUCUUACUGUUUCUCUACUAAGAACUCUUUUUAUACAUGGUUUGUUAUUGUAGCACUUUUUACAAAGAAACUAUACUUGAACAGUUCUAAACUGUACAUACUGUAUGAAGCUUCUCCUCUCAAUGGGUUUCUUAUUUCUAUGUGUAAUUUCAUA